UGGUUAUGUUGGAAAUAUUAAUAUUACUAUCAAAGAGGGAUCUUUAAGCUUUAAUCCUCAAAGAUGUCAUGAAAAGGCUCAUGCCUCCACUUUUAAUAUUUUCUCUUACUUCCCAAACCUGUGCCUAUCUUCUUUUAUUGGGUGUAUUGCUGUAUUAAUUUUAAUUAUAGAAAUAACUAUGUUUAUGAUGAAAAUGGUUGCUUUUAAAAUGUAUAAAACUAUUAGAUUCAUAUUCAUCUAAGGAAUGUUGUCAAUUCUAAUAGGGGUGGUUGGAAAUUAUUGCUUGCACUUGUCCCACCAAGAGACACUAUUCAUGUGACUUAAAGGAUUGGAUUAACCAUAACAACCUUGUUAUUUGGAUUACUUUUAGUUUUAAAAACAGCAAUUGAAAAAUCUUGUUGUGGCUCUCCAGACAGUAAGGCCCAUUCUUUUUUAUUUCUUAAAGUUUGCUUCUUCUGACAAGGUAUAGUAUUCAAUAAGUUAGGCAUCAAGAUCAUCGACAUGGGAACAUAAAUAGAAAAGCGUCCCAAUAGGAUUAUCAUACACCUUUGUCUUUACAUUUUUCUAUUGGGUAUAAAGCUAACCGUGCUGAGCAUCAUGUUUGUGUGAAGCAUAAUCGCAUAGACAAGUGUGCUCUAAACUCUUGCUUUAAAAGAUGGCAGUUAAGAAACUGGAACACCAUGCUCCAUGCUGAUCCCAUAUCACAAAGAAAAACUGAAAAGACAGAAUUUCUCUUCAAAUCAACUUAAGAUAUAUUGAAAAAAGAUCUUAAGGAAAAAAAAACAAAAUUUGACAGAUUGAAAAGGAAAAAUAUUUAGUAACCUCUACUAUGAGCGAUUUAAACAUUGAAAGAUCAAAGCCAUGGGACAUAUACACAGCUUCAAACCCAGGUCCAUCACAAACUGGAGUUGAUGAGGAAGCUCCAUGGAAAAGCUUUGGGACAUCUAUGAGUGCUAUUUCUUUUGGUUUUGUUGCCACGGCCAUUUUGAUUUCAAUGUUUCUUAUAAUGGCCAUUUUUGAACAUUUGUUUAAACCGAGCCCACAGUUUUCCACACCAAGAGCUAUGCCUGGAGGUUAUCAGGAGCACUCAGUACCACCAGGAAAACAAGGAAAUACACAAACAGUUCCAUCAUCUUAUGCGUCUGAUCUAUCAGUAUUGAUGCCAGGGCAGCAAUAUCCUACCUACAUCGCCCAACCUGCUCCUCUGCCUUGUCCAAGGGAAGGGACUUAUUGGCCUUCUCAUGAACAUCAUUUUGUAUUUAAUUAGCGCAAAUUUUUCUAACCUACAAUAUAUUUAUUAGUGAAUUUCUAUGCAAACAGUUACUCAGAGAC